AGGAGCUAAAAUUUCCAGAGCUAGUCCUACAGCGAGGGGAGCUAACGUGGAGUGGGCAUGAGAAUUCUAUACAACAAGCACAAGUGAAGCUCAACCUUUUUGUUCAUCCUGCUACAACCAAUCAUUAUGGGAGAGGGGAAUAAGGAUCACUGCCCAAGGGGCAUUACAGUCUCCCCAGGGACGCACUCUUUUUUUUUUUUUUUUUGAGACGGAGUUUCGUUCUUGCUGCGAAAUCUCAGGUCACUCAAACCUCCGCCUCCCGAGUUCAAGCGAUUUUCCUGCCUCAGCUUCCCAAGCAGCUGGGAUUAUAGGCAUGGGCCACCACGCCCGGCUAAUAGGGAGGCACUUUUCAUUAGCCCACAAGUCCAGCUGAACUUGACGGAGCGAGGAAGUGACCUGGGAGUACAGAACAGGAUGGGAUCCUUCCGGACUUGGGCAGCCUUUGGUAAGUGGGCAUGCUUGGAAGGGUCAGGGUCUCAGGCCUGGAGGUGACCAAUUUUUCUCUCCGAAAAAGAAAGGAAGAUGAUUAAAAAAAAAAAUCCAUGCUCCAAAGCAGCAGCCAAAUCCUUCUGUGUCCCCCAGUGCACCACCCAGAACGGGGCUCCAGAUUCUCCUGCAAAAGGCCAACUCUACUUCCCGGCUCCCACUUCCCCUCCUUCCCCACAGGAGGGUGGCGAAGGAUUUAUAACCCACCUCUUUCUUUCAGUUGCCAUGGAGACAAGCCCCAGUCCUUUCAUUCCUUCUGGUACCUCUCUCUCCAACGCAGCCGGAAAGGAGGCGGCUUAGCCCAAACAUGCUGGGGGAGGGGCUGCGACCUCGACGGCAGCUGCGGAACCAGGCCGAGGGACAAAGGCUAAGCUAAGGUCAGCCGCGUCAAGCCCUUUCAUCUGCCGACGACCAGUGGCCAGACGCUGCGGGAGCACUGCUGGGCUGGAGGAGGGCUCGAGCUACUAGGACGGCACGGAGCAGCGGGGUGGGACUUGGGGUCGCCUCAGGAGAGUUCCGCGGCCCGGGACGGGCAGAGGCAUGCACCGGGCGGGGGCCAGAUGGCUGGGGUGGAUGAGGAGGCACGGGCCCUUCCACCCACGCGUCCACUGGGCGGCGCCACCAUCUCUCUCUUCUGGACUACAUCGCCUUCUCCUCCUCCGCGGAACCAGCAUCCCACUCCUCCACCAGCCUCUCCCCGCCCCUGUCACGGGAGCCUCUCAUUGGACGGGGGCAUGGUCAAUCCUCCUCGAAUUAGGGAGUCGAUUGGACGCGAGGCCUUCGGGCCGCCCCCAGCCUCGUCGGAUUGGCUUCCUGCGCGUUGGCGCAACGGAAGAGGCGGCCGGCCCAGGGCGCGCCUCUGCCCCGGCUGGACUGCCGCGGAGGAGGGGAGGAGUUCGACGCUGGGGGGCUUGCUCGGGCGGCAGCGGUGGCUGCUGCGGAUGGGAGCGGGCCGGCUCGGCGCGCCCAUGGAGCGCCACGGCAGGGCCUCCGCCACCUCCGUCUCGUCGGGUGGGGAGCAGGCGGCCGGAGGCCCCGAAGGGCGGCGGCAGGAGCCACUGCGGCGCCGGGCGAGCAGCGCGUCGGUACCCGCUGUCGGGGCGUCAGCGGAGGGCGCGAGGCGGGACCGACUGGGCUCCUACAGCGGCCCCACCUCGGUCUCCCGCCAGCGCGUCGAAAGCCUGAGGAAAAAGCGGCCGCGUCUUUCCUCCAAAGAUGCCGUGGGUCAGAUAUCUGUUCACGUGGACAUCACAACCACCCAAGGAACGGGCGAUCAUAAAGUCACUGUAAAAGUGAUUGCCAUUAAUGACCUCUACUGGCAGACCACAGCAAUGUUCCGCCCCUUUGUGGAAGCUUGUAUACUGGGACCAAACCUUGGCGACAAGAGGAGAAAACAAGGCACAAAAACAAAAAGCAACAUGUGGUCGUCACCAGAGUACAAUGAAACGUUUCAGUUCAUUCUGGGAAAGGAAAAUCGACCAGGGGCUUAUGAACUUCAUCUCUCAGUUAAGGAUUACUGCUUUGCCAGAGAAGAUCGAAUUAUCGGAAUGACAGUCAUUCAGCUACAGAACAUAGCAGAAAAGGGAAGCUAUGGGGCAUGGUAUCCUCUUCUGAAAAAUAUCUCUAUGGAUGAAACUGGUUUGACUAUCCUUAGAAUACUCUCUCAGAGGACCAGUGAUGAUGUGGCUAAAGAAUUUGUAAGACUUAAAUCGGAAACAAGAUCUACUGAAGAGAGUGCUUGAAACAAACACAGCAAGCUAAAUUCAUAACUAUAAUUGUAUGACUACUGCAUGCAUGUGCAUAUACGUGGGAAUGUUUAUUUCACUACAUUUCAAUGUUUGCCAGUACUCAUGUACGAUGUCUACAAGGUAUGUAAAAAAACUUGCUGAACUUUUAUACCAAUUCUGGUCUUUGGGAAAUAAGUAUUCCAAUGAAGUGCCAAAAUUAUGAUGUAAAGUGAAAUAUCAAGAACACCUUUUCACAUGUUUGUUUACCUAUUUCACAUUCACUAAACAUAAUUUUAAAAACUAGUCUUUUGGGUUUGCCCAUCAGUUGUCUUUGUUAAAUUAGUUUAUAUUGCCCAUAGAUCAGAAAACAUUUAUUACUCAAUUUCCAUUUUAUUUACUUACCUCAUUAUAGAUGUCUUACAAAUACCCUUUUCUACCAUAACUAGAAAUGCAGUCAGUCACUUCUAGAAAGCAUUUGUAAUUUUAUAUUUGCAGAUAUAUUGUGAUUUUUUGCAUACAAAUUAAAAUAGAAAAGGUGGGAAAUAUUUUCUGCCGACCGGCUUCCAACCUUUCUGAAAUAUCACUGUGAAGAAAUGCUGUUAAAGCAGACUUACACAAAGCAAUGCUAGAGUUUGUUAACAACGUUUGAUAUAUAUUGACAAAAAACUUUGUUCUUUAAAACUGCCAAGGUCACAUCACAUUUGUAAAAAUGGUAAGUUAAUGCAUUUGUCAUAUACUGUUAUGUCUUGGUUUUACCAUAUUUCAUUCUUUAAAAAGUCAUUGGGUUAAUGGUUUAGAAAUGGGAUGGAAGGUUCAUUGAAAAAUACCUGUAAGUAACUAUCUUGUUAAUAUCUUCCAUCUGACAGUUAUGACUCUAUAAUCAGUUCAGUGCUUUCUUUUUAAAAAUAUUCAAUGAUUAGUUUUGAAUGCAAUAUUAUUAUAUAUUGUACUGAUGCCAAAAGUCAUGCUUUCAUCCAUUUAGUGAAAAAAUAGUAAAAUUAAGUCAGAAGAAAUUGCUUACAAUUUCGUAAUUUGUAUUUAUAAGCCCCAAAUGUAUCAAAUGCAGUAGGAGAACAAUGUAAUACAGCUUGGUACCUAAAUAUAGCUAAGUUGGUUUCUGAAUAUAAAAGUUUAUGAAUAUUUGCAUUUUCUGUUUUAUGAUUUGACUUUUUAGAGUCUAUGCCAAAAUAUAUGGCUGUAAAACGGUACUUUGUAAUUAUAACUUAUGGUCAUAACUGUUAGUGGACUACUUACAGAAGCAAGAGCCUGUUAUAAUGACUGUACUUUGUGAACAGGCUGAUCUAAUAUGUUAAGUACAGAAGUGCUUAGUAUCAUGACUGUCAGAACCAUUCUGCUGUGUGUGGAAUCACAGACCAGUGAGGUUGGCUAAUUCAUGUUAAACUGUUAGGCCAUUGCUUUGUUAAUGACUUCUCUAAAUGCAUAGUGUGAUGCGAUCCUCUGGCAUAUGCUUUAAUAAAUGGAUAUAUAUUGAGCACAUGCAGCA